AUGUCAGUCAAAAAUGCGCUGUACUCUCAGUCCGGGGGUGUCACGUCAGUGAUCAAUGCAACGGCCUGCGGCCUGAUCGAAACCGCCCGGCAAAAUAGCGAUCGGAUAGGCACAGUGUUUGCCGCCCAAAACGGCAUUCUUGGCGCUCUGCACGAGAACCUGAUCGAUACCAGCACCGCGUCAGCUCAAGCCAUUGCGGCGCUCAAACAUACGCCCGGUGGUGCAUUUGGCUCGUGUCGUUACAAGCUGAAGUCGAUCGAGGAGAACCUGGCCGAAUAUCAAAGGCUCAUUGAGGUGCUCAGAGCCCACGAUAUUGGCUACUUUUUUUACAACGGUGGCGGCGAUUCGGCUGACACCGCUUGGAAGGUCUCGCAGAUCGGUGACAAAUUGAACUAUCCGGUCGUUUGCGUCGGCGUGCCAAAGACAAUCGACAAUGAUCUGCCGGUGACAGAUAACUGUCCCGGGUUUGGCUCGGUAGCCAAGUAUGUCGCCGUGUCGAUGAUGGAGGCGAGUCUCGAUGUUGAAUCGAUGGCCGAGACGUCAACCAAAGUGUUCGUCAUGGAGGUCAUGGGCCGGCACGCUGGUUGGAUCGCCGCAGCCGGUGGGCUGGCGGGCCAAACGCCCGAGCAACCGCCACAGAUUAUUCUAUUCCCGGAAAUUGCAUUCGAUCAGGAAGCUUUCUUGGCACGGGUCAAGCAAACAGUAGACGCUACCGGCUAUUGUUCGAUUGUGGUUUCCGAAGGCGUUAAGUGGCCAGAUGGACGAUUUCUAGCGGAUGCCGGUACUCGUGAUGCCUUCGGUCACGCGCAGUUAGGCGGCGCGGCGCCGGUGGUGGCAAAUUUGGUCAAGCAAGAGCUUGGCUACAAGUAUCAUUGGGCGGUGCUCGACUAUCUGCAACGCUCGGCACGCCAUUUGGCUUCUCAAACUGAUGUCGAUCAGGCCUACGCGAUGGGUAAGGCGGCGGCGGAACUGGCCAUUGCCGGGCGCAACGCGGUAAUGCCGGUCAUUGAGCGUGUGUCUGACAACCCCUACCAAUGGCGAGUAGGAGAGGCGAAUCUGGCGGAUGUGGCUAAUGUUGAGAAGAUGAUGCCCCGAGAUUUUAUUUCUGAGGAUGGGUUUGGCAUUACGGACAAGUGCCGGACUUACUUGGAACCGUUGAUUCAGGGAGAAUCCUACCCACCAUAUCGUAACGGCCUGCCCCAGUAUGUGCGUCUGGAUCACAACCUGGUGGAAAAGAAGCUGGCAGCGUUCGAGUGUUAG